UGCACGAGAAUCAGAUCUACCAGUAAGUUUUUUUUCUCUCUAGAAAUAAAUACGCUCGGGUAUAAAAUAUAUUGAGAAGGUUCUCUUCCAACUGAUUUGAGUAAGGUGUAAUAAUGUGAGCACCUUGUCUUCACGAACUCUGAUGUAAGACGUGCAUGAUAAGGAAUCUUCACCACAGAGUGUCACCAAUUUUAAACUCAGCCAGACGACACAAGCCAUGUGGUCUAUAAUUUUUUAUACGACCACUUUCAUGGUCUUCAGUUUUACACCGUGUAUUACAAAUGCAGCGAAUUUUACAUUCUCCUCCUACUACCAUGACCACAUGGUGCUACAACAGGGUUCCGCCGGAACAAGCCUAUGGGGACACUCCAGCAAAAUCGGUGACGUAGUACACAUCAAACUAAACAACAAUGAAGUUGCUAGGGCCACGGUAGAUAGUCAUCAGAUCUGGCAAGCGACAUUUACGAGUCCUACUGACCAUGGUCCGUAUACAGUAUCCGCCACGUCCAGCCUGGGGACACUCCAGAUCUCUGACGUUCUAUUCGGUGACGUGUGGCUGUGUUCAGGACAGAGCAAUAUGGAGUUCACUGUUGCUGGAUUAAUCAACGUCACUGAGGAAUACGCAGACCUCGUUAAUUACCCAAAUAUUCGACUGUUUCAAGUUCACAAUGCAUUUUCUGCCACACCGUAUGGAGAUGUACAGCACGAUACUGCGCUGUGGCUGAAACCCAAUAGGAGGACUAUGGUUCAUUACUCUGCUGUUUGUUGGUUAUAUGGAAAAUACUUGUCACAACAUUUUAACUAUCCAAUCGGAUUGGUCGACGCCGACUGGGGAGGGACAAGAAUCGAAGCGUGGUCAUCUCCAGACGCAUUAUCAGCUUGUUCCGGAUUCAGUGGUCAUCGUAAAAGGAAUCAGAAUUCAAAUAACCAGCUUUACAAUGCUAUGAUCUACCCACUUUUGAGAAACACGAUCAAAGGCGUCAUCUGGUACCAAGGAGAGGCCAAUGCUCACCAUGCUAACCAGUACUCGUGUCAGUUUCUUGAGAUGAUAAACGACUGGAGAGCGAAAUUCAGCAAAGCGUCUGGAGGAACAACCAGCUCCUCCUUCCCAUUCGGUUUCGUACAGUUGGCACCCUCGAGGGAGGGAGCGUCAAAUCUUGCCUUCCCCCUGCUUCGGUGGGCACAGACAGCUAAUAUCGGAUACGUUCCCAAUUCUCUGCUCCACAACGUCUUCAUGGCCGUGGCUAUGGAUCUUCCAGACUUCAAAUCACCCUACGGAAGCAUACAUCCACGUUACAAGCAUGACGUAGCUUAUCGUCUGUACCUUGCGGCAUUGGGCGUGGCUUACCAUCAAAGUGGCGUGAAAUUCGAGGGUCCAUUCCCUACAUCUGCUGUGAUUGACAGCACGCACCGCCAUCUGACGAUUGAAUACGGCCGUGGACUAGCUCCUAUCGAAGUCAGAUCCAGUGAUGGGUUUGAGGUUUGUUGUGUAAGCCAUACAACGAAGUUCUGCUCUCCUGCUGACGCCCACUGGAUGAACACCACGAUGACGUCACAUGACUUUGCUACCGUUACCUUGGAUAUAUCUUCGUGUAACCAUGGAAAUCACGUGGUGCAGGUCAGAUACGCCUGGCGGGAGAGUCCAUGUCCUCUCCAUCAAUGCGCAGUAUAUGGGAAGUCAAGUAAUUUACCAGGACCACCAUUCACGUUUCAUGUUAGUUCGUGAAUUAAAAUGAUUAUGAUGUCAACAAUUGUGGAUCAAAUUGGCAACUUUCUUUUAUUUAGGAUAAUCAUCAUUGACGAUUUGAAAAGUUAUUGUUUUUUGUUUGUUAAUUUUUUACAUCAUACCCCGAUGUAUAAAAUGAAUACAUGUAUACGGAUACCUAGUAUGAAUUAAAGAAGCG